CAUGUAAUAAAUAAAAUUAAAAAUCGGAAGAGUUUCGAGAAGGAAGCAGGAAUGGGGAAGAGAGAAGGGAGUGCAGCGAAGCAAGCGCUGGUGGUGGUGGGAGGCCUAGCCUUCGUGUGGCUGGCCAUAGAGAUUGCUCUCAAGCCCUUCCUUCAACAGACCCGCGCUGCAAUUGAUAAGUCCGACCCGAAUCGCGACCCCGACGACGACGCCUCUCACCCCGCCGCAGACGACGCCUCUACCCCCGCAGCAGACGACGCCUCUCCCCCUGCAGCAGACGCCGCCUCUACCCCAGCAGCAGACGCCGCCUCUACCGCAGCCGCAGACACCGCCUGAUUCUUAUGCUUUCAGGCGUUAUUCCCGGUCUGCCUUCUCUGUUGAUACUACAAUUAUCGUUUUUUUUUUUUUAAUGCUCUGGUAUGUUCGCCCUGUUUUCUCUCCGCUGGAAGUUCACGAGUCUGAACUCAAAUGGAUGAACCUCGUAGCUUAAUUCCUUGGCUCUCUUCUGCAAACCCUUGUUCGUAUAUAAAUUUUCUUUUCAUGUAAUAAUACAUCAUUUGAGAACCGAUGGCUCAUCAAAAUUAGGAAUCAACUUUUCUGCUUCGGCUUCCGGUCGUGAAUAACAGUACAGUUUGGCGAAUUCA